AUGGAGGCAAGGCAGCUGAAGAGAGAUGUUGAGGCGCUUAUAGGUGAUUACAUUGGGCAGAAACUCAGAGAAAAAUCUUUUGAUCCAAAGGGCAAGGGGACCUCCACAAUGCUGGAUGACCUGGCUCACUAUGACCUGGCCAUUAACGUUGCCCUUUGGUGGUUGGACAAAGACGAGGGACGAGAUGUGCUCGACGGAGACAUCAUAGGAGCAGCGAGCAGCUCAGGAGGUGCUCAGUAUCCUGACCGCUCAGAACGGGAGGCCAUGAUCCUGUCGUCCUUUGCCGGGAUAAUUAUGAGUAGCAUUCCAGUGGAGGAGAUCUUGGCUCUGUACAGAUGUAGACCAGCUGCUUCUUACCCCAACCAGCAAUCCAAGGGCACGAUCGUGUAUCCCUUCACUCUGUCCUACCAUCCGUUUGCAAUGCUCGGCUCUUACAAGGCUGUUUACCACUCAAAGAAGCAAAGUCAAAAGUUGAAAAGAUGGCUGUCUGAGAGGAUGAAGGCGAGUGUCCCGCCUGGACGAGUGUCGGUGAAGUCUUCGUCUUCUACCUCCUCGUCUCACUCCUUCCUCAGUGACAACAGUGAUCGUCCUGAGGAAAGAACUGAGAACUAUGAAGGUUCACUGGAGUCUCUGCACGGCUGAAGUCGCCCUUCUGCAGUUUGUUUUUGUCCUCAUGAUGGACUUUACGUCUAUUUCCUUAAAGAAAAAAGUGUUUGAGUACAAGAGUUUUCACUUCUGCUGUCUUUUCUUUCAGUUUUCCCUUAAUACUGUCACACUGACGAUCUGUAAACGUCGAUCUCUGCAGAUUGAUUACAAUUGUCA